UUGCUUUAUAUUUACCAUUUUACCAUAAGAGUCUUCCUUCUCUCUCUCUCUCUCUCUCAUGGCUGGUCCAUACAACUCUCUGAGAGCUUCUGCUUCUUCGUCUAACCAGAACUUUACUUCGAGGAUUCUCUUUCUCCUUACAGUUCUACCGCUAACACUUGCAGCCUUCGCUUUCAUUCUUCAAUGGAGAGGUGGUCUCAACGAUCCAACAACGCGUUGGUCCCCAGAUAACCACCAAUUCCCUGGUAUGGGGAGUUCUCCUCCUACAAAUCUUGCCCACUCUUUGUCUUCGACGUCGUCGUCCGAUUGCGCCGAACUUCUGGGUCGCAGCGCCUCCCCAUCAUUUCCUUAUUAUCGUGAUUGGAAGUUUAAUUUCGGAGCUGAUCUGAAACCGAAGAUAUGUAUUACAACGAGCACUUCAGCUGGCCUAGGGCAGAUUCUACCAUGGAUCUUUUAUCAUAAGGUUAUUGGGGUUACAACAUUCUUCUUGUUCGUGGAAGGAAAGGCUGCAUCUCCUAAUGUAUCUUCAGUGCUGGAAUCCAUUCCUGGAGUAAAAGUAGUAUUCAGAACAAGAGAGCUAGAAGAACAACAGGCUAAAAGUCGGAUCUGGAACGAGACUUGGCUGUCAAGCUUCUUUUACAAACCCUGCAAUUAUGAACUCUUUGUGAAGCAGUCGCUCAAUAUGGAGAUGGCUAUUGUCAUGGCAAGGGAAUAUGGAAUGGAUUGGAUUAUCCAUCUUGACACCGACGAGUUAAUACAUCCGGCAGGUGCUCGUGAGUACUCAUUGAGACAAUUGCUCUUGGAUGUGCCUGGGAAUGUAGAUAUGGUUAUCUUUCCAAACUAUGAGAGUAGUGUUGAACGUGACGAUAUAAAGGAUCCUUUCAGUGAGGUCUCCAUGUUCAAGAAGAACUAUGACCAUCUUCUAAAGGAUACGUACUUUGGCAUGUACAAAGAAGCAACUCGUGGAAAUCCAAACUAUUUUUUGACUUAUGGAAAUGGGAAAUCAGCUGCUCGGAUUCAAGAUCACUUACGACCUAAUGGAGCCCACAGAUGGCACAACUAUAUGAAGACUCCAAAUGAGAUAAAAUUGGAUGAAGCUGCUGUCCUGCAUUACACAUACACCAAAUUUUCUGACUUGACCUCUAGACGUGAUCGGUGUGGAUGUAAACCUACAAAGGAGGAUGUCAAGAGAUGCUUUAUGUUGGAAUUUGACAGAGCUGCAUUCAUAAUUGCCUCAACUGCAACAGAGGAGGAAAUGCUCCACUGGUACCGUGAGCACAUUGUAUGGACCGAUAAAACACUUAACACGAAACUUAUGAGGAAAGGCAUAUUGACCCGCAUAUAUGCUCCUAUGGCUAUUGUUCAAGGUUUGAGGGAAUCUGGUAUCUUCAGCUCUGUUAUUGCCUCUGCUCAAACAACUCUCUCAAAGGAUAAGUUUUUAUCUUCCAUCGAGAGCAGUAACUCUUCCAGAGUCAUGGAGUCUGUUGCAAUUUCAUCAAGAAAGAUUAGUGGUGGAAGAGAAUCUCAGGCAACUGGUCGGAAGGUCUUGGAGACAAUAGAUACUGCACAUACAGCAGCAGUUCCACCAUUGUCUCCCCCAGAAAUGGAUGAUUUUCACAAGGAAACGUGAUGGAUCUGCUGAGUAUUGUUUCUUGUCUUUCUAUAUGACAGGCCUGAAAAUUAUAUAUUUCAUGUAUAUCUCAUUCCCUGUGAAGGCAAGAAUCAGGAGAGUUAGCAGUCGAGAUCUUCCCGAUCAUUACCCAAGCGCUGAUGUACAUUUCAGGUGUAGUCCAGAGAGAGACAGAGUGAGACAUACAGGCUUAUUUUCAUGUUAUUUUUUGGGCAUUUUUGUUGCCCACUGGAGGUUGCAAUCACAGGACUAGACCUGUCUAUUGUUAUGUAUAAAAGUUGAAAAUGGUUUUGUUGUACUUUCAAUUACUCGGAGACUGGCGGUUUUCCAGUAAUAUACUGUCGUUUAUUGUUUUGAACUAGAAGAAAUAGACCUGGCAGAAUCUCCUCAUUGUUGACUUCAA